GAUAAUUAGGUGUCAAUCCCAAGCCAGUAUAGAAGCGACCACCUGCUGGAACAAUCGCAGUCGAACGUUGAUCUUUGGCGGAACAAGACGUAAUUUUUUCGAUCUCCAGGUGUAUCAACCCCUAGCGUGAAUAUGCGAUACAUUUUUAUUGUUCUAGUGUCUUUGAUGGCUAUCGUUGCCUUGGUCCAGGCCAAUCCAGCCAACGAGCCGGCGAAGAAAGUAUGCGGCAGAUCUUGCACAUUCGAUUACACCCCGGUUUGUGGGGGUGUUAAGGGCAGCAACGACAAACCUCUCUCGUUCGGCAACACAUGCGUUAUGGAGAAAUACAAUUGCGAGAACGGCAAAAGUCUGACAGUGCUAUCCCAAGGUGAAUGCCCUGGAGGAGGUGGCGUGAGAUUGGCAUAAGCAGAACUUAUCAUUAUAUUCCGGAUGAGCAGUUUUUGCGACUACACCUUUGACCUUCGUGAAGAGAAUGAUUCAUAAUCAAGCAAGAAUUCCUACACCUGCGAAUGCGAGGCAUAAAAAAUCAAACCAGUUUCGGUGAGCUUGAUAAUUCAAAUUGAUGAUUUAUCUGCGUCUUGCUCUAGGUAGAUGGGUUGAAUAUCAUUCUCUUGUACCUACCAGCAAAUAAUUUUAUUUUCAGUUUUUAAAGUUAUGAAUAAAAAUAUUUUUUCAUAAAUAUGUUUUCAA